AUGAAUUCAAAAGUUGAAACGACCGAAGAUGCACUAGUUAAAAUCAAAAUUAACCAAUCGUUCAUCUCCUACCAUCUCCAAGACAAAAACAUGCGUUGGACGGCCCUGUUUGUUCACGGCUUUAACUCCUCGAGCGAUUUUGCUAAGCCGCUUUUUGGUCUCAAGACUAAUUACAACAUCAUUUCGGUUAAUUUGCCCGGCAGUCGCUACCUUGACCACGACGAGGCUGAACUGGGCGUUGACUUUUACGUCAAACUGCUCGAAACAUUCAUUAAACAAAACGUCAAAAGUCGGAAAAUCGUUUUGGUCGGUCACUCGCUCGGCGGCGGUAUCGUGGCCGCUCUUAGUCGUCUAGCCAAAGUCAAACGAGUUGUUUACGUGGCGGCGAUUAAUCCCCACAUGAUCUACGCCCGCAAUUGA